AUUUGUUGUUCGUUCCUAGUUCUUUAUUAUUUUUAGACACAACUAAUUUUAUUCGCAACAACUGUGCACUCGGGAAAUAUCGGAUAUUUACGACAUUGCCCUCGGUUAUCCGAUUCAAGAGAGGACAGGAAGGCUGUGUAAAGCGAUUUUUCGGAAACCCCUGCUUCGGCAAGCUACGGAAAGAUGUCAGAAAGGAGAACGAUUCUCGAAGAGUUAUCUAACUUGGAUCCAGAUGCUGUCCUGACGCUGGAGAAAGAGGAGAAUUUGGCUAGUUAUUUGUAGAACGGAUAGCUAUCUACUACAGUCCCUAACGAAAACAUGCGAAGGAUAACCUAAACAGACAACAUUUUGACAGAGAUAGACCCACAGCAUGUUUCGUUCACAGUAAACACGAACAGAUGGGUCAUUUCAAAAUGAAUUGAAUUGUGUUUCGUGCUUACGAAUAAUUUUGUUUUCGAAACGUUUGAAUCAACAAGGUGAAGCAGGAUGGAGAUGGGGAGCCACGCAGACACCAGCCUGAACAGUGCGGGCAACAUCCUCAUCAUCAUGCAAGAUGAAAACGGCUGCGAAACCACAAUAGACAGCGGAAGCCUCACAACCGAGUCCUUGAUUACAAGCCAAGCUUUACAUCACUUUCACAGCAACACAAUCGAAACACAGACAAGCAGCCAUACAAGUUUGUCAUCCUCCAAACCAAUGGAAGUUGUUUCCAUGGAAACGGUUGCCGGUAACGAGGUAGAGAUACACCCGAACAGCAACUUCCCCGGAGACAUGGCCUACACGUCCUGUCUGGUGUGUGGGGACCGGGCGUCCGGGUACCACUACUCCGUGUUCUCGUGCGAGGGGUGCAAGGGAUUCUUCAAGAGGACAGUACAAAAGAGUCUGACCUACUGCUGCAAAGAAGGUGGGAGCUGUGAAAUUAAUAAGUACACCAGGAACAGCUGUCAAGCGUGUCGCUUUAAUAAGUGCCUGCAGAUGGGGAUGAAGAGAGAAGCUGUGCGAGAAGACCGAGCUCCCGGAGGAAAGCAUAGAUUAAAGCGGCAACGAAUGGAUGAGUCGUCUCCCCUUGUAAUGUCUGACGGGCUCAUCGGAUACCCGCAGGUGCCGAAAAAAGAGUUUACUGACCCCCUGGUGGACAGCCUGGUUGACGCAGGGCCGGAUACAGUGCCAAAGUAUGAAGGAGGCCUGAGCUCGGGUAUCAGUGUGAACGAGCUGAUGCAGUGUGGGUACUCGGAACUCAAAUACAUCAUCGAGUGGGCCAAGAAGGUGCCAGGUUUCAGUAAUUUAGACAUGGAGGAUCAGAUGGCCUUGUUAAAAUCUUCAUUCAUGGAACUGAAUGUGCUGAGGUUGGCAUACAGAUCCAUGGGUCUGGACAACACUAUCAAGUUUGCUGACGGGCUGUUGGUUCCCUCGGAGAUCGCCCAGACGAUGGGUUGGGGGAAGGAGUUGAUCAAUGCCACGCUGGAGUUUGCCGUCCGGCUGAAGGAAGUCCACUUGGAUCACAGUGAAUUCUGUAUCCUCAACGCUUUGGUCCUCACUUACCCUGAUGCUGUGGGUAUACAGAACAAGGAUAGUGUGAUCACACUACAGAUCGAGAUCCUGGAAGCCAUGUUGCGCUACAUGAAGUUCCACUACCCGACAGACACCCGCAGACAUGGCAAGAUGUUGCUACGGCUACCAGCUUUACGUACAGUCAGCGCCAAGGCAGCUGAGCGGUUCCUCUCACUCACGUUGGAUGGGAGCAUCCAGCUGAACGAACUUGUCCUGGAAAUGAUCAAUUAAGUGGCAGUCAGUGGCCAAAAGCUGCCUGAUUGUGCACAACAAACUACAAGUGGCUCAAAUAUUGCUUCAUCCCCCAUCUACGCUGUUUCUAUUGUACCCCAUGGCCUAAGUGUCAUGGCAACAAUUGUAAUUCAAGCAACAGUUACUUACGCAUGGAUAUUAUUGAAAGUGGAUUACCGCAUUUACAUUUUCUGCGCUGACCCAUGUGGAUGAUAAUGUUAACUAAUAUGGUUUCUAUGGUAACUGGAAAUAUAAGAGAAACAAGCAGGUGUUCCUAUGGCCACCUGACUUCAUAAUGCUGAUAUUGUAUUCUAUGAUUUGCAUAACGAACACAGCAGACAUUGUGUGGAGGUGGUUACCUGGCAUUGAAGAUAUUCAUAUGGAUAGAUGUUGCUAUGGUAACUAAGGAUUGAAGAUGGCCCAGUUUGAAGAUUUAGGCGUUGCUAUGGUUACAUGACAUGGAAAAGACACACAUGAUGUUCCUAUUAUCAAUGAUGGGAGAGAUUGUGCUAUGGAAACAGGACAUGGAAGUGACACACUGCAUGUUGCUAUGGUAACACGACAUGGAAGAGAUGCACAUGAUGUUACAAUGGAAACAGGACAUGGAAGUGACACACUGCAUGUUGCUAUGGUAACAAGACAUGGAUGCGAUGCACAGGAUGUUACAAUGGCAACAGGACAUGGAAGUGACAUUCUGCAUGUUGCUAUGGUAACAAGACAUGGAUGCGAUGCACAGGAUGUUACAAUGGCAGCAGGACAUGGAAGUGACACACUGCAUGUUGCUAUGGUAACAAGACAUGGAAGCGAUGCACAGGAUGUUACAAUGGCAACAGGACAUGGAAGUGACACACUGCAUGUUGCUAUGGUAACA